AUGCCGCUGCUUACACCCAGAAGCUCAGCUCCAUGGCACCAGCAGAAAGGGGCGCAGGACGAUAGAUUGACCAAGAAACCAACGAUGCUUGGGACGGCGCCCGUAGCAGACUCCAACGGCAUUGUACACACAUUUGACUGCGGAACUAGCACAACCAUGUCGAGCCAUGCAAAGCAGGUGUACUACCGCUGGAUAGAAGACGGCGGCGUGCAUUAUCCCCAACGCCGACAACUUAUCUCGCCGCAGAUGCUACAUUGUUUCCGCAAGUAUUACAAGAUCUUCGUCGAUGGACUGGACAAGAUGGCUGUCAACAGGGAGGCGUGCAGGAGGAAUAGUGAAGCACUGGCUGAUCAUGCCGGGCCCGCUGAAAUGCUGAAUGCGCAGCCCUCCGCCGUCGGAACUGCAGUACGCACUAAAACGCGCAUAGACGGCAGGAUCGUGGAGGACGGCUGCGACAAUGACAGCGGCGCUGGUAAUGAGGAGAUCGAUGACAUCAGCGACGAGGAGGGGGAUGACAGCGACCACGAGGAGGAAGGUGUUAGCGAGAAAGCAGCCCGUACUGCCAAGGUGGGAGAAUAA